AUGCCAAUCCAGAUGCAGAAAUUCAGGGCCCCCAAGCAGCUAGCCAGGCCGCUCAAUGCUCAGGAGAGCUUAUCCUCCGCAACAGCCGCAUCACAGAGACAACUACCCAUGACUCGGAUCGACAGUCUCCGAGCCAUGCAUGGCUUUCUCCACUCGACUCUAGGUACGCUCUUCUUUCUCAGGGAUCUAUUUCCAGUCGAUCAUUUUCGAAACUUUGUCUUUGGCAAGACCGACAAUCCUAGUGCUAGCCAGAGCCUCGUGCUCUCUCAAUCGCAGUCUUCUCAAUCGGAUCGACUUGUUGUCAAGACACUCGAUCGUGAUAGUGAUCUUAUCUCUGUCAUUGAAUCCUAUACCAUGAACUUCUUCUACGCAGACAAUGGCUUCGUCUCUCUCGAUAUCGCGGCCAAAGUUCAAGGAGCAGAUCCUACCCGCCUAGGUCAUGCUUGCACUCCAGAUGAUUUCAGAUCUCAGACCAAGAUGCUGAUGAAGAGCAUCGUGGACGCGUGCAAGGAUCUGAACGACCUGCCUCAGCAAAAGUAUCUCGACUUUAAGCUUUUCCUGAAGUCAGACACGCCAAAAGACUACAAGUUGCCACAUCUCAAGGUGGUCAAUGAAGAUCUCCGAAUGACGACCAAAAGCUUGAUGGACGCUCCUCUGUUUCGGGGCCAAGGCCAAGCGGCGCAGAGCGGACAUCAUGGCAUCUCUUUCCGGCUCACCACAGUCGUCCAGAGCUUUGGAGACGCACCAUCGCUGGGAGGUGAUGACGGUGCAGCCUUCAAAAACGGUGCUUCGACAAUGAACAAAGGGAGAAAAGUUGUAUGGGAUCCGGCCUUGGGAGUUGAAGAUCGGAUUGAAUUGGAUCCAAGCAUUCAAGAUCCUCUGCAGCCUCAAGAUCAUCUGGGCUCCACUCUGAGGCAACCGCUCGGAUGGCUUCUGCCUGGUGGACAUCUCAAGAAGGUCGUUGCAGGUGUUCCUGAUUCAGACGAAGAGGAUCAAAGUCCUCGACUCGUUGCCGUUCAUCCGACCAAUGCUAUUAGAGAUGGGGUCUUCAAGCGAAGUGGAGAAAUGGGAGUCAAUGGACGUCGACUGGCGGGAUGGAGCAGAGUGUCUCCGCCACCGGCCCUGGAGCAAGAAACAAUCCCAAACGCCACAAUGUCACCGGUGACCCGGGAUGUCAGUACGGCAGUGAAUCUGGUGACCAAUUCACAUUUUCGAGCGUCAUCUGCGAGGCCUCUAAAGGGGCCUCAAAGAUCAUCGCGUCAGCAUAUUGACCUCGAUGAUGAUGACUUUGCCGAUGACCAUCCAAGGAAGAGGAAAUGCCAGGCAAGACGACCAAAUUCCGCGUCCAAAACGAAGGCUGCGAAGAUGAAGACCAAAGCCAGUACAAGGACCAAGAAUAUUGCAAAGUCAGUUUUGCCCUCUGCAAUGGGCAAAGGACCGGUUCCAAGCCAUCAAUCAAAGAACAAGGCUGCCACGAAAACCAACCCGAUUGGCAACGCACCCAUUGAGGACGCUCACAGAGAAUUAAUGACCUCGAACACUGAUGCAGGAUCCAGGCGUGCAAUGGAUGCAACAGCAAAUCAAAUCCCCACUUCGUCCAACUCGCCACAAUCUACAGUGAAGGCGACCAAGGCGAAGGCAAUGCCGUCAGCAGCAUCUACAAUGUCAUCACUAGCGCCGGUCGCAAGACUUCGAGACGCAGGUACCAAUCUUCAGACCCCGAUUGACUGCUACUGCGAGCUUGAGGAUGAAGAAGAUAGUCUGAUUCGCUGUCACGAUUGCCAACGUCGACUGCAUCUGGCUUGCUGCGGCUAUCUUAAGCCUGACAUGGUCCCACUGGACUUCCAAUGCAUCAAUUGCCUCAUCGAGGACGAAACUUCCCCAGACGACAUACAAGGCGAGCUCAAUGCGCUUGCCAUCUUCAGGCGUGUGUUGUACCUCGUUCGCUCAAAGGGAAGUCUUGACAGUGCCGUACACAUUAAGGAUUCAUUGGGUAUUGACGCACAACAGGCGGACGCUACUGUCCGACGUUUGACUUCUGAAGGGUUCGUUUAUGACCCCCGUAAUGGGAAACGUCAAUACCCGCGCAAAUGGGUCAACACCGCUAGGCAAAACAAACUGCUUCAAGGUUACUUUGAACCCGGCGGACGGGUUGAGCGAGAACUUUUCAAGAUCAAGCCCAAGCAGCUCACUGCCACCGAUGGGCUGGCCACUGAGAAAGAUGCAUCAGGAGGAAAAUCGGCUACAAAUAGGGUUGCACAAUACGAUACCCGUCGAUGCGAGGAGAUGAUCAACCUUUCCGAGCUUUCCUGA